UAGCCAGUGUACACAUGAUCGUAUUUUCUUGCGUGUGGUGGUCACGUUGGCUACAUCAUGAGUUUGAAGUAGCUAACGCUUUGAGAAGUUUGUAAACAAAUGCGUAACGAAAAUGGUAAAAUGCGUGGUACAAGGCUGUCCGAACCGAAAGGACAACGGGAAAGAGAGGGGAACAGCGAACAAAAGGUUUUUUAGUUUUCCUCAGGACCCAGGUAGGGUUAAAGUGUGGCUCGCUGCGCUCAGAGAAACAGACAGGGACCCGUCCGAGUUAAAUGAAAUAUGCGAGGACCAUUUUCUGGCAGACCAUAUAACACCACAGGGGAUAAGCGAAGAUGCUAUUCCACUGCCACCGUACUUGGUCGGACCUCUGGGGUCCAGCGAGUCCUCCGAAGGCGAGCUGGAGGAAGUACCUGAUUCCUUGGCUGCACCGAUUGACUCGGAUGAUGAUGAUGAUGAUGGGGAAGAGGUUGAAUAUGAUGAGGAGGAUGAGGAAGAGGAAGAUGAUAGUCUUACCCAUGAGAAUGAAGUGGAUGAUGUGCAGAAACCACACACACCUCAGAAAAGCAACAUCAAAGUCCCAAAGAUAAAUGCUGAGGUCCGGCAAGAAGGGGAAACGGUGCGUUUUGAUGUGUCGCUAGGGCGAUUGACACACCUCUUCAUGCGCCUGCUGAGUGCCGCCCCCGACGGAGUUCUCGAUCUCAACGAGGUCGCGCUUAAACUGGGCACGCGCAAACGCAGGGUGUAUGACGUCACCAAUGUCCUCAAUGGAAUCCACAUGAUCCAGAAGAAGUCCACCAACAAGAUCCAGUGGGUGAGUAGCACCCCCAUUAGCAGCUUCAGCAGUAUGUUCCGGGCCACGCUAAAGGAGGAGGUGGUGAGCCUGAGGACCAUGGAGGAGACGCUGGACAACCUCAUCAAAGACUGCGCCAAACAGCUCUUUGCCCUGACUGAUGACAAGGAGAACGCACAAGUGGCCUAUGUGACUCAUGAGGACAUGUGCCACAUAAAGGCCUUCCAGGAGCAGACCCUCAUCGCCGUCAGAGCGCCCGAGGAGACCAAGCUGGAUGUGCCCCUGCCAAGGGAGGACGGCAUCCACAUGCACCUGAAGGGCACACAAGGCCCAAUCCAUGUGCUGACGUGCGAGAUGGCAACGCCGGCCUCAGGCAACGUCAACAAUGAGAAGGCUGGAGGAUUUCUGUCUCUGGAGGAGAGCCGCAUACACACUGCUCCGCUCCAGACAGAAGCUACAUCUCCCCCAGGUCCAGUCCAGAGUGCCUAAAGACUGCAUGUAGACUGCAGAUGCAGUGCACUUUGGAGAUACACCUUAAGAUCUCACUCAGGCCCCAGCAGUGAAAUAAAGUAACGGGGUUGUUGUUUUUUUUCUCUAGGUGCAUUUACAGGGAUUAUAAGGCGAUGACUCCCUUUCACUCUGCUAGAGACCAAUACAGAGAUAAUACAAAGUGAGAGAAGCUAAACCCUGAGAGAAGUAUGCAAUGGCUACAUUAGACAACACCAGUGCAAACUACUGGCUUUUACAAAUACAGAAUACUUUGUUUACAUAGAAUUUGUAUUAAACCAACUGAAGGUAUUCUUUGGGAAGGUAAAGUUGUGUCAUAGAAAAUCACUCCUCUUCUUGAGACAUAUGUUUGCCAUUUUCAUUGAUGGAAAUAUGUUUGUUGAGAUGUCUGAACUGGCGUCAGACUAUAUUGAGGAAGUGACCACAUUGAGAAACACAUGCACAUAUCUGAUGUUCAGAAUUAUGCAGGUUUCAUUUUAUUUGAAAUGACAUUGAGCAUUAAGUAGAUUAACAGAUUAUGAGUCUUUUAUAUUAACUCACUGUUUCAGAUUGGUUUGCAAUUGGGCCCUUAAACGGUAAAACAUUACCAGUGAUUAAUUAUAACCUGUGAUUAAUGGAUGUUGGUGUUCUACUUUGGCACAUUCCUUGUCAGUGUCUCUUGUCCUUUGUCCUCAUCAUGUUUCAUUUUCUUUUUUCUCCACUCAAUAAACUAAAUAGUACUUAUCGAUAUCUGC